AUGUCUUUCUCAACACUCCCAAGCGGCGUUAACCACGCCAUCAAACCGUUCACCCUGAAUACACCAGCGGCCGAAAUAGAAGAAUUGAAGACACUGAUCAAGCACUCCAGGAUCGCCGUGCCAACCUUCGAGAACUCACAGAAAGAUGGCAAGUACGGCAUCGAUCGUGAAUGGAUGCAGAACAUCAAAGAGAAAUGGCUCAAAUUUGAUUGGUCAAAGACUGAAGACCGGCUCAAUUCUUUCCCUCACUUCAAAGCCAGCAUCACAGAUGAUGAUGGCACCAAGUACGACAUUCAUUUUGCCGCACUCUUCUCCCAGAAAGCCGAUGCCGUUCCGUUGGUCAUGCUGCACGGUUGGCCAGGCAGCUUCCUGGAGUUCAUACCCAUCUUGCAGUUGCUGAAAGACAAGCACACCCCAGAAACGCUCCCGUACCAUGUCAUCGUUCCCUCUCUGCCCGGCUACACUCUAUCUUCCGGCCCACCCACCAGCAAGGACUCCGGGUACUGGGAUAUAGCGCGAAUUGUUCACCGUCUGAUGUCAAUGCUUGGUUUUGGAGAUGGCUACGUUGCCCAAGGAGGAGACCUCGGCAGCGCUGUCGCUAGGGUUAUGGGUGCAAUGUAUCCUGGCUGUAAAGCUGUCCACGUCAACUUGCUCAUCGUGGCCAAAGCACCUCCAAACACAUCGGAGGAUGACCUGACCGACUCGGAGAAGCAAGGUAUAGCUAGGGGUAUGGAAAUCUUCAAUCUCGGUCUAGCCUAUGCUUUGGAACACGCAACCAGACCGAGUACGAUCGGUCUCGUCCUGGCAAGCAAUCCGAUGGCUCUCAUGGCUUGGAUCGGCGAGAAAUUCCUGCAAUGGAGCGACGUCAACCCAUCGGACGAAACCAUCAUCGAAUUCAUAACGCUGUACUGGCUCACCAACACGAUGGAGAGAUGCAUCUACCCGUAUCGUCAGGACCUCCCCAACGGCGUCGGCACCCUAAUAUCCGCCCUUUCGUCGUCGAACGACGCCCAUCGUUUCCAGGCCACCCCAUCUGACCCGCCCCCGUCUCAAGCCCAAGCCCAAGCCCAAGCCCAAGAUGCAACCCCCCAAACCAGCACCCCCGAACCCGAACCCAACGCCAAAUCCAAACCCCUAGGCUUCUCCGCCUAG